CCAUCCCCACACAACAGUGUCGAUCUGUCUUUUCAUUUUACUUGUCAAGUGCGAUAAAGUCGUGAAACAAUGUCCGGAAAAAAUCGCCGAAAUCAAAAUCAACGCCAACCGGAGUCGGAUAAUACCAUCGCUUCGGUGCAAUGCGAUGGCCUGGCUGUUAUGAAAAUGGUCAAGCAUUGCCACGAAGAGUCGCAAAGCAAUAUGGAUUUGGCACAAGGGGCCUUGCUCGGUUUGGCAUUCGGCAAUAAGUUGGAAAUCACAAACUGCUUCCCAUUCCCAAAAACCAGCGACGAAACAAUGGACGAAGAAGAAUAUCAAUUGGCAAUGAUGCGUCGUUUGCGUCGUGUUAACGUUGACCAUUUCCAUGUUGGAUGGUACCAGAGUGCCGAUGUUGGUAACUUCUUGUCAUUGCCAUUGCUUGAAUCGCAGUACCACUACCAGACAAGCAUCGAAGAAUCGGUCGUUGUCAUCUAUGACACACAAAAAUCGGCUCGCGGUUUUCUCACUUUGAAGGCAUACCGUUUGACACCACAAGCCAUUGCCAUGUACAAAGAUGGUGAUUUCACGGCUGAAGCACUCAAAAACUUGAAAAUCAGCUACGAAAAAUUGUUCGUUGAAGUGCCGAUUCACAUCAAGAACUCACCGUUGACCAACAUCAUGAUGUCCGAGCUCGGUGAAUUGAUCCCAGAAGAAUCUGGUACACAUUUCUUGGACUUGGGCACUGCAUCGGUGCUGGAAAAUCAUUUGCGGUCGUUGAUGGAACGUGUUGACGAACUCAAUCAGGAAGCAACCAAGUUCAACAAAUACCAACAAGCUGUCAUUCGUCAAGAUAUGGACAAAACCCGUGUUUUGGCUAAGAAUCAACAAGAAAAUAAUAUGCGUAUUAAUAAGGGUGAAGCAGUAGUUCCAGAUGAAGAAGUUUUGAAGGCAUUCCGCCCAUUGCCAGUACCAUCCAGAUUGAACUCGAUGAUCGUUUCCGGACAAGUCAAUACCUAUGCACAACACAUUUCACAAUUCUGUUCACAAUCAUUGGCCAAAUUGUACAUGACGCAAUCUCUGCAAAACGCCAAAACUCAACCACAAAACAAUUAAAUCGACAUCCGUGUUGCGAACAAAUUGAGUGUUAAUCUGAAUUGCGAAUAAGAAACUAAUAUUGAAAUAUAACAAGAAAACCAACUACCCGGGCAUUGUAUGUCACGAAACAUUGUAAACAAUUCAAAUAUCCAUCAGAGAAAAAAAAUUAAAGUGAAAGAAACGUUUAUAUGUUUGUUCAUUUCUUUCCAAAUUCUUUUAAUAAAAUAAAAGUAUUUAAAUGGAA